ACCACCACGCAUGCGCAGUUAGCCCUGUAAUGACAAAACAUAUAGCGGAAUACCACUAUGAAGGCGAUCAGAGGAAUGGUAAACGGAGCCAUGAACGAACUUUCCUCUGUAGUCAGCGGGACCAAAGCGGCCGCUGCCCGGGAGCACGUCCAAGCGGUUACCAGAGAUUACAUUUCUCAACCCCGACUAACUUAUAAGACUGUAUCUGGAGUCAAUGGGCCUCUGGUCAUUUUGGAUCAGGUUAAGUUCCCCAGGUAUGCGGAGAUUGUACACCUGACUCUACCUGAUGGAACCCGCAGGAGUGGCCAGGUGCUGGAGGUCUCCGGGUCCAAAGCCGUGGUACAGGUCUUCGAGGGAACCUCCGGCAUCGACGCCAAGAAGACCAGCUGCGAAUUCACGGGGGACAUCCUCCGCACGCCGGUGUCCGAGGACAUGCUGGGUCGUGUCUUCAACGGAUCGGGGAAGCCUAUCGACAGGGGGCCCAUGGUCCUGGCCGAAGACUACCUGGACAUCAUGGGACAGCCCAUUAACCCUCAGUGCCGUAUCUACCCUGAGGAGAUGAUCCAGACCGGAAUCUCUGCCAUCGACGGGAUGAACAGUAUCGCCCGGGGGCAGAAGAUCCCCAUCUUCUCUGCCGCCGGCCUCCCCCACAAUGAAAUUGCAGCCCAGAUCUGUCGCCAGGCAGGACUGGUGAAGAAGUCCAAAGACGUGAUGGACUACAGCGACGAUAACUUUGCCAUCGUGUUUGCUGCCAUGGGGGUUAACAUGGAAACAGCUAGAUUUUUCAAGUCGGACUUUGAGGAAAAUGGCUCCAUGGACAAUGUGUGUCUCUUCCUGAAUUUAGCCAACGACCCCACGAUUGAACGCAUCAUCACUCCGCGCCUGGCCCUCACCGCGGCCGAGUUCUUGGCCUACCAGUGUGAGAAACACGUGCUGGUCAUCCUGACGGACAUGAGCUCGUACGCCGAGGCUCUGAGAGAGGUGUCCGCGGCCCGUGAGGAGGUCCCGGGGCGGAGGGGGUUCCCUGGGUACAUGUACACCGAUUUGGCGACCAUCUAUGAGCGCGCCGGGCGAGUGGAGGGGCGUGGCGGGUCUAUCACGCAGAUACCCAUCCUCACCAUGCCCAACGACGACAUCACCCACCCCAUCCCGGAUCUGACGGGCUACAUCACAGAAGGGCAGAUCUACGUGGACAGACAGCUGCACAACAGACAGAUCUACCCCCCCAUCAACGUGCUCCCAUCGCUGUCCCGGUUGAUGAAAUCCGCCAUCGGGGAGGGAAUGACCCGCAAAGACCACUCUGACGUGUCCAACCAGCUGUACGCCUGCUAUGCCAUCGGGAAAGACGUCCAGGCCAUGAAGGCAGUGGUGGGCGAGGAGGCCCUGACCUCAGAUGACCUCCUGUACCUGGAGUUCCUGCAGAAGUUUGAAAGGAACUUCAUUACCCAGGGUGCCUAUGAGAACCGCACCGUCUACGAGACCCUGGACAUUGGCUGGCAGCUGAUGAGGAUCUUCCCCAAGGAGAUGCUGAAGAGAAUCCCACAGAGCAUCUUAGCUGAGUUUUACCCUCGAGACUCCAAACAUUAGCUCCUCCCCUCCUCAUAAUACCCCACACCUCUCCCCCCAACAGGCUUCAAUGAAUAAUGUUAACUCCUCCCAUUCUCAUCACAACCCCCCCCCCCCCCCAAACAGGCUCCAAUGGAUAUCAUUACCUCCUCCCCCUUUCCCAUCUGGCCACACCCCUUUGUACUAGGUGACAUGAACCUUCUCCACCUUCUCUGGUCACACCCACUUAGGCUUAAACUUUAAUUCAUGAUGUUAACUAUUAAACCCUCCAUUGCCCCUCCCUGGCCUAUUAAACCUGCCCUUCUGGUCACACCCAAUCAUGUUGCCCAAUAACGUACCCAAGACUCAAAACAAUUCAACAACUCAAAGCAUGCAUUCGUUGCUCAUGUGGAUUAUGGUUAUAAUGGAGCUCAGUGGAUAGGAUACCCAUCCAGAUGAUAUACGCAUUGGAUUCCCAUUGGCUGCACCUCACUUGCUGUGUGCUGAGUGUUCUAUCAUAAAAUGGCCGCUGUGUUUUCAUGGUGGGUGCUACGUAUUGGUGGUGGUUGCGGUGAACUUCCUCCCUUGACUGUAAAGCGUUUCAGAGUAAUAGGCACUAGGUGAAUGCUAUCUAUUAUAAGUAAAACCGUAAAACUGUUCUUUGUGCAAGUCAAACUAAUGGAAAAAAACAAGCCACACCCCCCUCUGGUCAAGUAAAUCAUUAACUAAUCCUCUCCUAGCACCUGCUUGCUAAACCUAUCCCUUCUUUUACAUUGGUGUUGCUGUUGUCACAUGACUGGUUAUUUAUGGAAAAUAAAACAUAUUGUGAAUAUGCGGUGUCCCCCUUUGCGCCCCCCCCCCCACCCCCUUCCAUUAAAAACAGUUAUAAGAGUUAUCUGUGUGUACCACUGCAAGCAUCUGAAGCCAACUCACUGUUGAACUGUAAAAUUUGGGCGAGUCAGUCCGGUUCUUCCGCAGUUACUGAGAAUGCACAUCGACUUUUGUGUCUUCUCUUUCUUCACUUUGCUGUGCAAAUGAACCUGGCUGUUAUGAUGAGCGAGCAGUGCUACUGAGUCGCAAAGCAGAGAGAGAAACUGUGCCAUAUUUCCCUUUGUGGAUAUUCAGAUCCUACUGCUUCAAAUCCCUCGUUCGCUCAUUUGUUUUGUUUACGUUGCUCACCAAUGUCGUCUCACCCCUCCUGGUCUUGUGAAAAAUAUCACAAGAGUGAAAGUUAUGGGAGAGUCUCAACGGUGUCUUAACUCUCACGAUCAGAGAAAAGGACUGUAACCACCAGACAGGAGCCAUGUUAGGACAGCUUAUCGUUUCCGGAGAGUCAGGACGUCAGCUGUGACGGAAAAAGCUUCUGAAGGAAGAAGUUUAAAGAUUGCAGAAUGUCAGUUUAAAGCUGGGAAAAUAUGUUUGUUGUUUAACACAAACUGGCCCACAGUAUUUAUAUAUUUUUUCAGAUAUAUGAAUUUAAGUGUAGUUGAGCCUAUAAAACUAUAAUUUUUAUUACUUAAAAAAGAUGCUUAGAGAGGUCAAGUGGGAGAACUGAUGUGAAUGUGUACUUUUUUUCCCCUUCAAUUUUUGUUUCCUGGCAACAUGUAAAACAUUUACAAAAUUGCAUAAGUUGGGCAUUGCACAUGUGUAACGCACCCCGCAAUAUAUGUGGCUGAGAAAUAUAUAUGUGUCUUAAGAAAUCCAAUUCAGACCCUGCUGUUAAGCUAAUGGGAUUAACGUUGACCUUUGAGAGAAGCUGUUGCAUAUAAAGGCAGUCUUUUUUAAUGUUUAUUAUUUGUUAAUCAUAAAUGUUCUUGCAGUGUGCUGUCUGUGUGAUUCAAUGCAUUAUGUACCCUUGAGGAGUCUUAGGUAAUAUUGUAUUUCCUGCACAAUUACUGUUACUGUAAAUGUCAGACGUGUGGUUAGACAAUUCAUUCGUUCUGAUUCAUUCUGAUGGACCACACUGCUGGGUAGAUGUGUGUACAGUAUAUAACCAUACAUUUUGUUUCUAGUCGUUUCAAUGCAUGCCAGGCCUCACCUGAACGGUGACAGAUUGAUUUGUGGAAUAAAUGUGAUGCCAUAAAA